CCUGAUAACAAGCACAGGUAUCCCACCCUGUUUCACGCACUCAGGGAAAGAUGGGGGGCUCCCACAGCAUUCAGAUACCAGGUGGAGGAACCGAAGGCUAUCAUGUCCUCAGGGUGCAGGAUAAUUCCCCCGGCAGUCGUGCAGGACUGGAGCCAUACUUUGAUUUCAUCAUCUCAGUUUGUGACACCAGACUGAAGAGGGACAACGACACCCUGAAAGAGCUGCUGAAAACCAACGUGGAGCGGCCCGUCAAGAUGCUGCUGUACAACAGCAAGACGCAAAGCGUGCGCGAGACGACCGUCGUGCCCAGCGACGCGUGGGGCGGCCACGGACUUCUGGGUGUCAGCAUUCGCUUCUGCAGCUUCGAAGGAGCCAAUCAGAACGUUUGGCACGUCUUGGAAGUUGAGCCAAACUCUCCGGCAGCUCAGGCUGGUCUGAGGCCGUUCACGGACUACAUGAUCGGGGCAGACAUCGCCAUGCAUGAGACUGAAGAUCUGUUCUCCCUGGUUGAAGCUCACGAAGGGAAGGAGCUGAAGUUGUACGUUUACAGCACAGACACAGACAACUGCCGCGAGGUGGUCAUCACCCCGAACUCCGAGUGGGGUGGAGAGGGCAGUCUUGGCUGUGGGAUCGGUUACGGCUACCUGCACAGGAUACCCACACAGCGGUUAGAAGACAAGAACGGACUUCCCGCUCAGACUCACGAUGACGCAGCUCGUUCGACUAAAGACGGCUUCACCGAGGUCCAUCUCUCUGCUGUCAUUCCAACCGUUCCAGUCGCCGUGUCGUCUUCGGUUUCAACUGGACUGAAGCAGCCUCUCGCUAGUUUAUCAGCCAGCUCGAACGCAACACCAGUCCUCAACAGUCUACCAACAGGAGCUCCCAUAAUCCCGCUGCCCAACCAAACAACCCUCUCGCAGACGCUCCCCCGGACUGUGAACGCUGCUCCAACACUACCAGGUUUCCAACCCCUUCCUGGAGAUCUUCCACUCCUUCCUAAUUUACCAAACCUAAACGUCACUUUGCCAAAUGUGAAUCAUGUGCCAACACCUGGAGUUGGAUUACAACAUACAGGUUUUGCUCCUCUCAAGCUGCCAGCUGGGUUCCCACCUGUAUCUCUACCUCCUUCCGACUUCAUUUAUCCACAGACCCCUGCUAAAGCAGAGACGAGGCAUGCGCACAAUACCACAUCUCCCUCUUCAAGCAUUCAAAUGAACAAUUCACCGACCAAAGCACCCAACCUCUUGUCAGCGACCACGUCUGGAUCGAUAAAUAUCACCAUAUCUGCAGACUCCUCUUAGCACAAAGUGCCACUUAAGGAUGACACCUUGCUCUGAAGUCCUUACCAGUCCA